UAACGAUGUUUUGCUAGUGUGAGUGUAGGUAUGUAAGACAUAAAAGUGGGUUUUAUUUGUAUCAUAGUAGGCAUAUAAGUCAUAAACGAUGUUAUUACGUGUAUAAUGGUAUGAAUGUAAGGCAUGAACGAUGUUAUUUCUUAUAUGAUAGUAGGUAUAUAAGUCAUGAACGAUGUUAUUACGUGUAUAAUAGUAUGAAUGUAAGGCAUGAACGGUGUUAUUUCUUUUAUGAUAGUAGGUAUGCAGGUCAUAAAUGAUGUAAAGUCGCCAUAUGACCUAAAUAGUGUCGUUGGGACUUUUGUUUUAUUACUUGCAUGAUUGUUAUAGGAUCUUUAUCUAUUUUAGGGUGUCUUGUGUUUGUCAUUUUUAUAAGCAUCGGUAGAACAGAUGGGCUUGACUGUUACACUUGUACCAAUGCUACCCACAUCUCCGAAUGCAAGUCUACAACAACAUGCAAUGCGGGCGAGAUUUGCUUCUCUGAUCAUAUUCAAACACCAAAUGGAAUUCUAUAUUCGUUCGGAUGUCGGCUGGAUACGUACUGUAAAACUAUUGUUGCGAAGGGUAACAACGUUGGGACUGGGUCUGUAGUUGGUAGGUCAACAAUGACGGGAACUUGUUUUGAAUGUUGUAAGGAACAACAUUGUAACAGACAACUUUGUAUGCAUUCAUUCUCAGAGAAAGAAUGUGCGGACAGUACGGAAAUUCACUGCUCCACUGUUGGAGCAAUGGUAGACAUGUGUUCUGAUACAGAAAAGGCUAACACAGUGUGUAGAAGAUUUUGCGGUUUGUGUAAUUAUGUGAAUGGUCAGUGGUCAAGUUGGGUUUCAUGGUCAAAUUGUCACGUGACAUGCGGGACAGGAACACAAACACGCGCUCGCAAUUGUUCGGAGCCAGCGCCUUCUGGCGGAGGUCAUUUCUGUGAGGGACAAUCACUCGAAACACAGGACUGUACAGAGGGACCUUGUCCGGUACAUGGAUCGUGGGCCGGCUGGACACCCUGGGGAAGUUGUAGUGCUACAUGUGGUAUAGGUUUACAGAGAAGGGAUAGAUCGUGCUCGAACCCGUAUCCGGCAAGGUUUGGAGACCAUUGCUACGGCGACUCAAGAGAUGACCAAAUUUGUCUUACCAGUGCAUGUUCAGACGGCGGUUGGGCAGACUGGACAGUCUGGGGCACCUGCAGCAGAACCUGCGGCGAUGGUAUCAAAACACGCUCAAGGACAUGUGACAAUCCACUGCCGUCAAUUCAAGGAAAAUAUUGCCAAGGCGAUCCGUAUCAAGUUGUAACUUGCAGUUUGAAAGGCUGUCCAGAGACAAACGGAGGAUGGAGUACUUGGACUGAGUGGACACACUGUAGCGCCACCUGUAACACGGGUAUGAGAUCACGUUUGCGGGACUGUGAUAGUCCAGUACCAUCUGCCGGUGGGAAGUUUUGUCCUGGUAGCUCAUAUGACGUACAACAGUGUAUCAUUAAAUCCUGUCCAAGAAAACUUUCCGCUUUUACUGCAAAGCAGCCGAGUAAUGGAUAUUGCAGUCACCCUACUUUCUGGGCAUCCAUACGUCUUUGUUAUAUAUCAUUCAAAAACGUUGUGUUGAAUGAGGGAAAUCACUAUAAUGAUGGUGAUUUCACUUGCUUGUAUCCAGGUCUGUACUAUUUUGAAGCAUAUCUUACUGCACGCAAUAACGGGAGGAACACUAUCGAAUGCGAGAUUCAAAAAAAUUCUCUGUCUGUAAUUGAUCUUAAUCAAGUAAAUCCCGGAAACUCUAGCAACGGAACUCUCUCUACAACAGGAUCUACCACCUUGCAUCUUGUAAAGGGAGACGUAGUUCACGUAUAUUGUACACACGAUAGUUCUUAUUUGCACUCUACAUCUGCGUUCAGCGGAUUUCUUGUUAGUCCAGAUCCGUAGAUGUGUUUCCGUCAUAAAUUAUUGAUAGAAGUUAUGCUGGCAAUGAUGUCUCUCCCUGUUGGCAGAUACAUUUUGCUUCUAAAAUUGUGUAUGCUUUAGUUGUUUCUUUUUUUAAUUUGGUCUCAUGUUAUUUUCUAAAUAAUUGUUAAGGCCCAUUAGCAAAAUAAACUAACAGAAACGUU